AUGGCGCCUCUUACACCCGAACAAGUCCAGAUCAUCAAAGCUACCGUCCCAGUACUGGCACAACAUGGCGAAACCAUCACCACCAAGUUCUACGCCGACAUGCUGGAAGCCCACCCAGAUCUCAAGAACGUCUUCAACAACACGCACCAAGCAACGGGCCAUCAGCCGCGCGCCCUGGCCGGCUCGCUCUACGCCUACGCCUCCAACAUCGACGACCUCGGCAAGCUGUCACCGGCCGUCGAGCUCAUCUGCCACAAGCACGUCUCUCUGUACAUCCGUCCCGAACACUACGACAUCGUUGGCGAGUAUCUGCUCAAGACGAUGAAGACGGUUCUCGGCGACGCUGCAACGCCAGAUAUCCUCGGCGCGUGGGAAGCUGCCUACUGGCAGCUCGCGAACAUCAUGAUCAACAAAGAGGAGGGACUGUACGAAGCGGCAGGAGGCUGGACCGAGUGGAAAGAGUUUAAGAUUGUGCGCAAAGAGAAGGAAGCAGAAGAGAUUACAUCUUUUUACCUGCAGCCCGUAGACUCGAGUCUCCAACUCCCCCUCUUCAAGCCUGGACAGUACAUCUCCGUCAACGUGUUUGUCGACGAGCUGGACGGCGGCGUGUGGCAGGCGCGCCAAUACAGUCUGUCGGAUGCGCCAGGCAAGGACUACCUCCGCGUCAGCGUCAAGCGCGAGCCGGGCGUGGAGGUCGGUGAACCAGGACACAUGACGCAUCCAGGCUAUCUCUCCAACAUCAUGCAUGAGAAGAAGCAUGUCGGCGACAUCGUGCGCGUUUCGCACCCAUGGGGCGACUUCUACUUGGACGAGGAGAGAGAGGAGGAGAGCGCGCCGAUUGUGCUGAUCUCAGCCGGCGUGGGAGUGACGUGUCUGAAGAGCAUUCUGAACACGACGCUUGAACACUCGUCGAGACCAGUGACGUGGAUCCAGGGCGCCAGAGACAGUAAGACAAGGGCGUUUAGGAAAGAGAUGGAUGGAUUAGCAGCGAAGAAGAGCCAUCUGCACACUGUGUAUUUCUCCUCGAGUCCGCAAGAGGGCGAAGUGCAGGGCCAGGAUUACGACUUCAAGAGCCGUGUUGAUCUCGACAGUGUCGACAAGAGCGCGCUCUUCGCGGAUAAUGAUAAGACGCUGUACUUCACCUGCGGGCCGGAGCAGUUCAUGCUGGACGUCGAAGCUAAGCUGAAGUGUUAUGGUGUCCCGGCUGAGAGGGUGAAGAUGGAGUUGUUCGGCACAGGUGGUGUGCCGAGAGGGUAA